AUGGCUUUAAAGAUUUUUAAUAUUCUACAUUUGAUAAUUAUUUUGAUUUAAUAAGUUUAUAAUUAUUAAAUUAGAGGCUAAGGGCAUUAAAUAUCAUAUAUUAUGUCUGAUACUUAACAGAAAUCUGUUUUAGUUUAUAGGUUUUUUGUAUCUUUUGACAUUGAUGUAUAAUCAUCAGACUUUUUAGAAGUUUAUUUUCCAAUCCCUCUAAGAGGUUCAAAUUAAAAUUACCCUAAAUAUAGGAUCGUAAAGUAUGAGGAUGCUAGUUAAUACUAGUUGAAUGGAUUAGAAUUCUACAACUAAGAUACAAGCAAAUUUUAAAAUUGCGAUUAAAAUGGAAAUAAUUAAUGGUAUUAUUUUUAAAUUUAAGCAAAUCUAGCAAAUUAGUAGCUAUAUGUUGUAGAGUUAUUACCAGAGCCUUAUACUCCUCUUCCUGCUUUAUCUUCAUAUACUUUAGAUGUAGUUGGAUUCAAAGUUGUGAGCUAUCCUUAGCAAAUUAAUUUUGUUAUUUACUCUCAUUCCUCAAAUAUUGCUACUUUAAAUUUUUACUCGCCAGCUAUAUUAAACUAGUAAUACACAUAAUUAAAUAGAAUAUCGCCUAAUACUUUUUAGGUUUUAUUAGCUAGUAAUUUAAAUUCAGCUCCUGAUAUAGUAAGCUAAAAUGGUGGAUACGUAGUUAUAAAAAUUAUUUAAACUACAGGGAUUUAAAUUACUAUUUAGUCAUGCAGUGUUUCAAACAGUUUCAUUUCAACUGACAAUCUGCUUUUAAUCAUUCCAUUUGUUGGAUACUCAAGCUAAAAUUUAGCUAACAUAGUUUUAAGUUCUAAUUCUAUAUUAAAGCCUAGCUUCUCUAUUUUAGUAUUUGUUUAUUCAAAAUUCAAUACGUUCUAUAGCAUUUCUACCUCAAAUUCUUAUAUUUUAGGAAAUGUGCUCUCCUCUUCCUCAUUUGGAUUUACAAACAACUAAAACCUGAUUUAUAAAAACCUUUUAUAUCACUGGAGUUUACCAAAAGAUGCUAAUAAUGAAAUAUCAAUCUUCGUUUCAUCAUAAACGAAGUAUGUUUAUAAUAAGUUGGCUAUUUAAUUUUCUACAGACACAAACUUAGCUAUUUCUGAUCCAAAAAAUGAAUAUUUCUCAAUAAGCAUUAAUUUAGGGUCACAAUAUUAAAUACUAUCUGGUUCUUUUGUAAAUAAUUUUACUCCUGUUUCUUCAGAUUUUAAUGUUAUAUGCAACGUAGUAAACUCACUAGUUGUAUGCCCAUAUAUUAACCAGCUUUCAACAAAUAUUGUUUAUUAAAUCAGCUUCAAAGCAAUUGUGUUUGAUUAAACAUAAUUUAAUAUAAAAUCUAUUAGUCUUAUAUACAAUAGAGGUUCUAUAAGUGAAACUAUAGCUAUAGUAUCGCCUUCAAUACUAAAUACUAUUUAAUACAAUUUUGCAACAAAUACAGAUACUACUAGCUAAGGUACUAACUAACCUUGGUCUUCUUUUCUUGGAGAUCUCUAGGUAAUAUCCGUCCCAGAUAUCGGAACUAAUACAGCAGACACUAUUACUUAAAGAGCAUUCUAUUCUACAACAGCAAACUAAGGUGGAGGAAUUUUCAUUAGCAGAGGAGUAGAGUCUGUUGUCUUCUUUUUAGCUAUAAAUCCUUAGACUCUUUGCAAUGGAAAUUGUUUAAACUUAAAUAAGAUAAUAAAAAUGACUAUGAUCGCAAACAAUAAUUUUUUUAAAUUCACUAACCUUGACUCUAGCGGUUUACAGCUAGCAGCUUAAAAUUCUGCCCUGUAAAGCUAUACCUUUAGUAGCUUAGAUUGUAGCUCAGUCACCUCUGGAUGUGUAAACGGUGCCUCAAAUUAAGCUGUUGAUUCAAAUAAUUAUAUCUUGAAUGGUAAAUAAGUAGAUAGUACUCAUAAUAUAGUCAAAUAUACUCUCCGUUGUGGCGCUAGUGGUCAAGCAUCACUCCCAUCUUAGUAAUGUGCAAAAAUGUUUUAGGGUAAAGAAUAAACUUUAGGGACAUACCAAAAUGGAUUUGGUGGUAUAUUUUAUAUAAAGUAAGUUGAUUUAUCAAAUAGCUACAUUCCUAGCAGAGUUGUAGCUGAUGAUUAAUAACUAGACUUUUUAAUCACAUUUUCAUUAGAAGAUCCAAUGAAUAUGUCAAAUGCUCCUGUUAUUACAUUAAGAACACUUAUCAACGCUUACGCUAUUAGCUAUUAUGCUGCAGAUAAUAUUCAAUACAAUGCAAAUUUUAUCAAUUUUUCUAAAAAUAGCUAGGGCUUGUAUAAUCCAUCGCUAUUUAGGCUAAGAGUGCAAAACUUUAAACCAAAUAAAGCAAUAAUCAUUUUUUUAGAUAAUAGUGUAGAAUUAACUAGUUUUAUAAAUGAAUAGUAAGCAACCUACUCUUGCUAAGUAAUUACUCAAAGUGAUACUCUAGCAAACUAUAAUUAAAACUCUUGCUUAGCCUUUAAAGGUGCUGGAGCAUUAACGUCUACUAACUACAUCUUAAAUAAUGUAAUUAUGAUAAAUACAAACUAUCAGGGCUUAUCUUACCUAGAAAUAUUGAUUCCUUUAUCACCUUCGUAAACAAAUGGAUUAAAUCCAACAGUUUUGCACGUUGGAUAUGGAAUUCUGAUUGAUUCCUUUAACAAAGGUCUUAAUAGCUUAGCAAUAUAAUCAUUGAUAUCUAUAAAAGGAGUUUCAAGUAUAGGCCCUUCAUUAUAAGCAGCAUUGACUUCAUAUUUUUCUAUUACAACCCUACUAAAUGAAGAUUUGACAGGAUAAUAAAAGCUAUACUCUUAUGUUGGUCCUGCAUAAUCUAUAACUUUUACAGCAAAUCCGUCUUCAACUGUGUUAACUUUUACAGACACUACACAUCUUCUAAACUAUGGUUAAAUAAUUAACGAUACUUAGUAUAAAGGAGCUGGGAUUUUAAUUACUUCAGUUAUUUAAGAUCCUUUUUAGGAUUAAGUUUAUUUUUAGUCAAAAUCAGGAACUUUUCCAAAUUAAACUGGCAUGUGUUAUAAAUUAUCCUAUUAUACCUCAAGAUAAGGAGAAAACUAUAACAGCCCUUCAGCAAUAUUUUAAUAUUCUAUCAGAUAUAGCGUAUUCUGCCCUUUUGAUGAUACAAAUUCUCCUAGCUUAAAUCCAAUUACAGUAAAAAAUACAUAAAAUCCAACAAAUUCUCCAUCUUAAUUUAUCUUGGCUAUUCAAUCUGUAGCUAAUACUGUUUUAGCAAUUGCAAUUUCAGAAAAAUAGGGAAGAAAUAUUGCUUAGCAAAGUAUGCCAACUGCAUCUUCUUCUGCUGUAUUAAAUGCAUAAAUUGCAAUAACUUCACCUUCAAGCGGGUACAAUGUCAAUGUAAACUACGCCUAUCCUCUAAACUUUUAUGUUUCUAAUUUUAAUCUACCAAUGUUUUUGAACUAGCCAUUAGGGAUAAGCAUUUUAGUUGAUAAUAAUUUGUUUUAAGGAAAAAAUUCUUUUGUUAGUGUUAAAGUCAUUUUAAAUGAUUAAAUUUCAAUGCCUUGCACAUUUGCAUAUAGUGCAAAUACAUUACAAAUUUCAACUACCUUAAAUAGUGCUAUUUCAGGUUUAUAGAUUAAAUCUUUGAACAUAUAAACUCUUUUCUAAAGAACUGAUUAAACUGCAACACUAGGAUCAACAACAAUUAAUUUUACUGUAACACUUUAAUAUAUUCUCCAAUAUUAUAUGAACAAUCCACCAGAAGUUUUAAAGAUACAGUAAACAGUAGUUUCAUUAAAUUUGGCAAGUGGAUCUAGCCCUACAGUUACUGCAACCAUAGAUAAGCCAUCCUUUUUUAAUAAUAUAUAAGGAAGUAGAGAUAUCUUAUAGUUUUCUUUCUAGCUAUAAAAUUCAAAUCCAAAUAAAGUUAGUAUUGAUGUUGGCGAGUCGAUUUAAAUAAAUUUAGGAUUCUUAAGAGACCCCAGUAAAUCAGACGAUAAUUGUUAAUUCUUUACAGAUAGUACUUACUAGGUACUAGACCAUUCAAUUGGAUAUUUCUCAAAUUAUUUAUUUAAAUUUAGUGCAGCUAGACCUUACACAUAAAAAAUAUUUAUGUAGUGCUAUGGAGUUAUGGUGUAUAAAGCAACUGCUAAUUCUUAUUCAGUAUAAUAUUUUAAUUUAUUAAAUGUAGAUAUGAUAACAACUACUAACAAAGUACAAGAACUUAUUUAAGCUUCUUGGAAUCUAGUUCAACCUAAAAAUGGUUUAUAAGUUAUUUAAGUCUAAACAGAGUUCAAUGAAGCUGGCUUAAAUGCUUUAGAUAUUACGAUAAAACAAAAUCCAACCAAUUUACCUAUUUACCCCUAAGCAGAGUUUUAUAUUUAUUUUCCUAUAGAAAUUGACUUAAAUGAAUUCAUGUUCACUCUCAGCUUAACUUCAACAACAAUAUAUAUACCUGACAAACAUGCAUUAAGAGUUAAAGUCCAAUCAGCUCAGCUCAUUUAGUCAGGUAAUUAAUAUACUUUGACUGUAUUUCCUACUCAUAUAACUAAUUAGUUAAUUAAUGCAAAAAAUAUAAGGAAUCUAUAUAUAGAAUAUAUAGAUAUAAAUAGUAAAUCCUUACUGGAUUAUGCUUACUACUCAUUUAGCAACAUAAAUUUUAGCUAAUUUACAGAGAGGGCUCCAAUUAACAUUUAUAUAACUAAGGCUUCUUACAUGUAUGGAUUGCAGAAAGCUACAGAUUAAUUAAAUAUUUCUUUUAGAGUUACUAAUUACUAUUCAGCUGCUGGAUAAAAUUUGAAGUUUAUUGUAUAUGCGAAGGUUGGUAGUCAAAUGAAUGCUAUUUCUACAACUUUAUCAAAUACUUUUAACUCUAAUGGCAUUUUAGUAUUUAUGUAAUAAAAUGAUAUUUCAUCAAGUUCGGAUAUAAAUAUUUAAAUACCAACAAUAACAAAUUUAAAAUUAAAGGUUAAAGAUUUAAUUACUAUUCCAAUACAUAUAUGCCUAUUUUUUAAUCAAAAUCUUGUAGCUAUUACACACAAUAACAUAUCUAACUUGAUAGGAUUGCCACUAUUAAGUAGUUCUAACAUUUUUAAUUAAUAAUAUUAUUCUUAUUUUUCUGAUAAUGAAGGAGAUUAGAUAUAUGUAUUCCCAAUUUAUUAUAAUCUGAUUGAUAAAACUUAAACUUUCCAAUUAAGAGAAUUAAAUGGUCAGAGUCUUUAAUUUAGAAAUCCAAUAAUAAACUUUUAAGAGACUGAUUAUAUAUAGUGUUCAGAUGACAUUUAUAUGUUUAAGCAAGAUAAAACAUAUGUACAGUCAUUCCAAAAUAUCUACCUAACAAAAUAAUAAGAUACAUAACUGCCAGUGAGGUAUAAUUUACUAUAAUAACCUUCAUCAUAGAAAUAAUCCAAUGUAUAAUUUUUGUAAAAUACUUUCAAAAAGUGUAAUGUAUAUUCAGAAUAUUAGUAAUAUUUUGUAAAGCAAGGAUAAAAUCCAUUAACGAUUAGAAUAUUCUUAGAUGAUAGUUGUAAAAUUUUAGACCCAAAUUUCAAUUCUGUUAUUGUAGCUAUUACAGUAAAUGUUCCUGGAGGAUUAGGAACAAUUAUAGGCUCAACUAAUUUAUUUUUGAGUACUGACAGAGUAAUAAUUUAUCAAAUAAACGUCAGUAACACCGCUACAAUUGGUACAUAAUUCAACAUUCUAUAUACAGUUACUAAUUUACCAAAUAUAAGCAUAUAAAAUACUGUUAUUGUUCCCAUUCAAAGUAAUUCUCUUACACUUAGUUUAUCAAGUGUUACUUUAACAGCUGCAUAAAAUUAUUUAAAUUUGAAUUUGUAAUGUAAUGAGAACAAGUUAAUAUAUUACGAGCUUAUUUUAAGAGAAAACAAAUAAAGCAUAUUGGCAAAUUCAGCUCUUAUUUAGUAGGCAAAAAAUGGAGCCAUUAAGUAAGUAAAUCAAAAUGGGUAGGUUGGAAAAUAAUCCACUCAUCUAAUAGGAUCCAUACAAUGUAAUCCCUAGUCUGCAUCUAGCUUAUCAAAUAAUUUCUAAAUAUAAUGGAUUAGAGCAAAUACAAAAUAUUCAAUAAAUUUGUUGAUAGAUGGGACAAGCAGCUCUACUGUUUAUGAUUUUUAAACUGCUCAAAUUAAUACAAACCCAAUGCUUUAUUUACAAAUUGGAAUACAAUAAUAAUCCUCUUUAUUAACUUAGCAAAAUCCAAAUUUAAUCAGAUCACAAUUUCUUUGUUAUCUGGCAUUCUACAUAGGAAUACCACAUAAUUUAAUUAGAUUCUCUGAAUAGCCUUCUGUUUAGUGCUAACAAUAUCUCAGUUCUUCAUAUCAAACAUUUGCAACCUAUCCUCCUAAUGGAUCAAAUGGAAAUGAAGUCUGUUUUAAUUUAAAAACUGAUUCUUAAUGGCAUACAUUUGAUAAUGACCGCUAAUAUAACUUUUAAUUUUUCCCUAUAGAAUAUGGAAAUGAUACAAGUAUAUUUAUAGAAAUUGAUUUUUCAUAAGUUGAAAACUAGUAUUUAAGCUCCCUGAAAAAUUAUUUAAAUGAGCAAUAUCAGUAUUUAAAUAAUAUGAAUUCAUACAGUACUUCUUAGUACAUUAAUGUUUGCAACCAAUAUACUAAUUUAAUUCCAGUAUAAAAUUAUGGUAAUAUAAAGUAUCCAAAUGUGAAAGUGGUAAAAAACUUUUGUUCAUCAAGAUUGCAGUGCAAUUUUUAUAUUCAAUAAACUUCUGGUAGCUCAAUAAUCUACUUAAUGAUUUCAGAUUAAAAUUUAACAGAAUCUAUAGUCAAAACUUUAAGUAUAACUUAGUUUAAAGCUAAUUCACUUAAUUUCUUAGCUCGUUAUAUAUAUCCAUUAGAUGAAAAUAAAACAGUUUAGUUUAAUUUUACUAUUUAAAAACCUGAUAAAUCAUAUUUUGCUUAUUACUUUUUAACAGAUUUAACUUUGCAAGAUUAUGCUUAUUAAUUCCCUGGAGUGUAUAAUGAAACAGUUAUAUUUAUUACAACUUACUCAGCUACAAAUUUAGUUUUAUAUCUUGUCAUUCCUUUAGCUUCAGUUGUAUUAAUAGCUAUAAUUUAUUUUUCAGUCAGAUAUUAUAGAAAUAGAAAAAAAGUUUAAGCAACUGAGGUAAAAAAUUAAGAUAUGGAAAGCAAUUUUGAAGAGAACCAAGACCUUUAAGAUAAUGGAAGUAAUAAGGCAGAUAAUAUAUUAGAUGAUUUAAAAUCUGAAUAAAGAAAAGGAUCUAUCUUUGGAAUAAAAGAAAAAAAAAUUUAAUGUAUGAAAAUAGUUUCAAAAGAAGGCUAAGUAAAUUUGGAUAAUAAAGAUAAAAAACUUAAACCUUUUAGCUAAAUAAAAGGUAAUUACAAAGGAAAAAUCGAUGAUAUUGAUGAAGUUAUUUUACUAUGA